AUGUCCCUAGCCUCGGGGGGUGGUCAGACUGACCAGUAUCUAUGUGUUCAAAAACACGUAGAGUACAUUAAGAAUCUAGACAGCAGGAGGGAUGAGCUUGAAUAUUGGCUCACGGAGCAUCUUCGGCUUAAUGGGAUCUACUGGGGCUUAACAGCCUUGCAUCUUCUCGGCUGUCCUCAAGCCUUGCCUCGUGAAGACACGAUCAAUUUCGUCCUCUCCUGUCAGCGUGAGAAUGGUGGGUUUGGGGCUGCACCUGGACAUGACGCUCAUAUGCUGUACACCGUCUCUGCUGUCCAAAUCCUUGUAAUGCUGGAUGCAGUGGAUGAAUUGGAAAAGCGUGGCCUUGGAGGCAAACAGAAAGUUGGCUCUUUCAUCGCUGGAUUACAGGACAAGGAAACCGGCUCGUUCAUGGGUGACGAGUGGGGUGAGCUGGACACACGUUUCUUGUAUGGUGCGUUCAAUGCGUUGUCACUCUUGGGCCUCCUGGAUACUAUUGAUGUCCCGAAGGCCGUUGCCUAUGUCCAGAAAUGUGAAAACCUGGAUGGAGGUUACGGCAUCCACCCUGGUGCAGAGUCACAUUCUGGACAGGUCUUCACCUGUGUAGGAGCUUUGGCGAUUGCCGGGCGAUUGGACUUGAUUAACAAGGACCGCUUGGGUGGUUGGCUUAGUGAAAGACAGGUGGACAAUGGAGGCUUCAACGGACGUCCGGAGAAGUUGGAAGAUGCAUGCUAUAGCUGGUGGGUUGGGGCCAGCUUGGCCAUGAUUGACAAGCUUCACUGGAUUAAUGGCGAUAAGCUUGCUGCAUUUAUCCUGCGUUGCCAGGACCCGGAGAAUGGUGGGUUUGGAGACCGGCCUGGUAAUAUGGUCGAUGUUUUCCAUACACACUUUGCCCUCGCCGGGUUGAGUCUCCUGGGGUAUGAUGGUGUUGAAGAAGUAGAUCCUGUUUAG